UCUUGGGUGCGAACCUCGCACGCUCCCACGAGGAGGGCAAAUUCCGUUUCGCUCACCCCUUCUUCAUACAUAUUACACAAUGGCUUCCCAGCCCCGACGAGGCGGAGUCUCCCUUCCGGACCGGCGGGCCCCGAAGAACAACAACCAGAGUGGCAUCAUCGCCAAGCUCACUAAUUCUCCGAUCGUCUCUCACGGCAAACAAGCAGCAUGCGAGGCCGUUUAUGUCUCCAAGAAGCUUCUCCGCAGCACGGGAAAGGCGGCGUGGAUCGCGGGCACCACCUUCCUUAUUCUGGUGGUCCCAUUGAUUAUUGAGAUGGAUCGCGAGCAGCAGCUAAACGAGCUGGAGCUCCAACAAGCCAGCCUUCUUGGAGCUCCACCCGUCAACCCGACACACCCGGUUCCGAGGUAGAUGAUUUGCUUGCUUUUGUGUAAGUGUUUUCCUGGAGAGAAAUUUGAAUUACUCUGCAGAUGUAGUUUUUUUAAAACUAGAAUAAAGUUUUGAGUGUAGUAUUGAGAUUUGAGGUAAUCAGGCUAUUAUAAUGAUAAAUUUCAUUUGUCUGUUUCAAAGGUUUGCUUUAAAACUUCAUUUGUCGUUGUUUUAGUUUUAUACUAGAACUAUUUGUUGUUUGGUUA